CCCAUUGUGGCUGCUCACCGGCGCCUACGGCCACGUGGGGUGGCUUUUGAUUUUCAACUUCCUCCUUUCGUCGCGAAACCCAUCACCCUCUGUUCCUCCUCUAAGUGUAUCUGAACGGUUCCCUUCAAUCAGUAAGGACCCGCUUAACUGCCAGCUGGCCCAUUCACGACUUUGUUAAUGUUCUAACGAAAUGCUUACGCACCGCGGCUUUUCGGCGUGGAUUGAGGUCGAUGGGCAAGCAGUUCCAGAAUAUCUUGUUGCUGUGAAUCCCAAGUUGAAUCAAGUCUCUUGUUGGAUACCAAGUGAAGAGUCCCAGGCGUUUUCUGUUCACUGGUCGGAUGCUGGUGGAAAGGUCGACACGUGCUCGUUCAUUACUCUCGAUGGUGUCGUGGUCCCGGGAAGAUUUUUACUCGGUAGUGGGACUACAUCUAGGUCGGGUGUCCGUACUUCGAAGGACACGGAGGCACCCUUUGUGUUCAAAAAAUCUCUGGGUGAUACCACGCCAUCUACUGCGUCGAAAUCUGAAGCUGGUAUGGUUACCCUGAAGAUCAAACGAGUUGACCGUGUAUCCCCCCGACCUGCAAAUGCAUAUCAAGACUUGACAAAAAUUGCUCCAGCUCAACCAAACGUCGGUGAUCUAUGUGCGGGUUUUGGUGCUGAAUGCAAAUCUUAUGAACAGUCCCCAUUCACAUGGGCCAUCAAACCACACGAUGCAAGUCAAAUCAAGUCAAAGAAGAUCCCAACCUAUGUCUCCUUCGUGUUCAGAUACAGAUCUAAAGAAUUCCUACAAUCCCAAGGAAUUAUGGAACCUCAGCAAGUCCCAGACACCCCCUCUCCUUCUAUCACAAAUCGCCUCCGAAGAGAUCCAGUCCGUCGUAUCGCUAGCGCUCCAGCUAGUGCUGCACCACCUACACCAAGCCCAACCCCCCCUUUGAGAUUAUCAAGUAAAGAUAAUCCAAAACCCUACAUUGCGAGUCCUUAUCCAUUACGCCGCCCGACCGUCGAUACACGGAGGACUGCCAGCUGGCGAUCUACGACUGCUGCACCCGGUAGUGCAUCUAGCCAUGCGCUCGUGUAUUUUGAAUAUUCACCAGACUCGGCUGUAACCAGGGACGGGUCGGAUUUGGAAUACCACGCCUCAGAGUAGUUUUCCUCAACGUCUCAGCGGAAUGGAUAUCAUGGACCUGAAAAUUCAUCAUUAUUCUUUUUACUUUAUCUCUACUUUCGUACCGUCGCUUUCUUUGAUGUGCUUGCUCUCUAUUGUUUUGCUCCUUUUCUUUGCUACAAUUGCUGUCUACCUGCUUUUCUCGCUGUUUUUCUAAUUGUGUAGUCUUGCUAUUGCUAUA